AUGUCAGACCCAGAAAAGUUCGUUCCGCCAGUCGUCAUCUCCCAAUACCCGAACAGUCCUUCCUCCUCCCCACAGACUCCUAUUCACAAGGAAUUCUAUUCACCCAUCACCGAACAGUCCCCCACGUCUUCUAUCUCCAGAUCUGAGAGCGACAACGACGAACGAGCCCUAACACUCACCAUUACUCAAGCUUCAAGGCAGUCUGCAACGAGGACAGCCACAAGAAUAACCACUCAUGGCACGGAUCUCACACUAGAUCCCUCAUAUGAGGUGGACUUUGACCCCGACGAUCCUGGAAAUCCAAGGAACUGGUCAUUAUGGUACAAAGCCUUUGCCAUCUUUACAAUAUCCUUUGGGACAUUGGGGGUCGUGAUGUACUCGACCUCAUACACCUCGGGCAUGGAUGCCAUGAUGAAGGAAUUUGGUGUCACGUCGGAACCUAUUGCCACUCUUGGGGUCACGACGUACCUGUUCGGGCUGGCGGUAGGCUCCUUAAUCCUCGCUCCGAUCGCUGAGACAUAUGGCCGAAAACCGGUAUACACGAUAUGCAUGGCCGGUUUCGCCAUCCUUGUCAUUCCCACGGCAGUUGCCACUGACCUGCAGACCGUCAUUAUCACGAGGUUCUUUGGGGCUCUUUUCGGAAGUGCCAUGAUUGCCAAUGCUCCCGGGUCCAUUGCCGACUUGGUUUCGGACGAAUAUCGCGCCACAGCUUUCUCUAUCUGGUCGAUUGGGCCCAUGAAUGGCCCCGUGGUCGGUCCGACUCUUGGAGGCUUCGUGACCGAAUAUCUAGGUUGGCGGUGGACUAACUGGAUAGCAAUGAUCUGGGGAGGUUGCGCCUUUGGUUUGCUGCUACUUUUGAAGGAGACAUAUGCUCCAGUCCUGCUACAGCGGCGAGCCAAGCAAAUGCGACGAGUCCACGACGAUGAGAGGUACUGGACUCGUUACGAUAUUCGGGUCGGGUUUGUCGAGCUGAUGAAAAUCAACCUCAAACGCCCGUUGUUGCUGGCAGUCCAGGAACCUAUCUGUAUUUUCUGGAAUGUCUAUAUUUCGGUCGUCUAUGGCAUCCUCUAUCUGUGCUUCGUCGCCUACCCUAUCGUCUUCACGGAAUACCGCGGCUGGUCCACUGGCAUGAGCGGCCUCUCCUUCCUUGGAAUAGGCAUAGGUACAAUGAUGGUAAUCUGCAGCGCAUCUCCCAUCCGGAAGCUCAUCAACUCGCACAAACGGGACCAAGAUGGAAAUGUGCCACCCGAGGCAAUGAUGAGCAUCGUAUGCAUCGCGGCCGUGUUGGUCCCCAUUGGGCAGUUGUGGUUCGCAUGGUCCUGUUACCCGACCAAGAUCCACUGGGCCAUCUCCAUUGCCGCGGGCAUCCCGUUCGGCUACGGCAACGGGGCCGUGUUUAUCUAUGCGGGCAACUACCUGGCGUACAGCUAUGGGAUCUACGCCGCCAGCGCAAUGGCAGGCAACGCCGUGAUGAGAUCCUUGUUAGGCGGCACACUGCCCCUGGCCGGACCAGCCAUGUAUCGCGCCCUCGGUCCCAACUGGGCCGGAACCCUGCUGGGAAUUUUGGAAGUAGUCAUCAUCCCGAUUCCGUUCCUCUUUUAUCGGUAUGGCGGCCGCAUACGAGAGAAAUCCACACUCAUCCGCCAGAUGCGACAGGACGAAGAACGACAGGAGCGCAAGCGGAGAAAGGCCGAGGAGCGAUUGAGGAUUGCGGUCAUGAGAGGUGACGAGGAGGAGACGGUGGAGGCCCGCAACGAGCUCGUCAGGGUCCGGAGUCGUCUCGACGACGAGAAGAAUCUCGAGGUCGCGGGCCAAGAGACGUUGAAUUGCAUCCAGGGGCUGGGACCUGGGAAGGAAACGGUUUAA